UGGGUCUCCUCCCACAGUCCAAAGACAUGAAGGUGCUGGCACAGCUACCAGAAAGGAAAACGGGAAGAAAGGAAGAAACAAAGGCUUGGGAUUCAACAUUUAAAGCGACUUGACACCCGUGGUGUGCAGUAAUGAAACCCAAAAGAGCCGUCCUGGUGGUGCUGCUGGCGUCCGCUCUCAUUCUGCUCUUUGAAACCACCGAGGGUAAAACCAAAAAGCUGUGCAGGAAGAGUCUACGCAAAAUACAGAAGCGUGCAGAGAGUGACUACAUCUUUCUAGAUGGUACUGUGGUUGACUCUCCGAUUGAAGACAUCAGGAAUGGUGUUUGCCAAAUAUAUGAACUGUCUACUCAAUCUCAGACCACCGAACCACCCACAACUGCAGCGGCAACAGAAAGUACCGCCAAGGCAACAACUGAGCUAGCAACAACUACUAAGGCGGAACCAACCACUGAGCCACCAACAACCACCCAGCCAGAGACAACCACUGAACCAGAGACGACCACCAAGCCAGAAACGACCACCGAGCCAGAAACGACCACCGAGCCGGAAACGACCACCGAACCUCCAACGACAGCUGAACCGGAAACGACCACCGAGCCGGAAACGACCACCGAGCUGCCAACAACAACUGAACCAGAAACGACCACCGAGCUGGAAACAACUGCUAAGCCAAAAACAGACACCGAGCCUAAAGCAGAAGACCCAUCUUCAGAUAAAGAUACAGGACCAGAUAAAAAUGGCGUAACUCCUCCCAAGGAGAAAAAUCCCUUCCUUUCUAAUCGUUAUAGAGUAUACCCCGUCAUUAUUGAUAUUGCUGGACAGAAAAUAUACUCUGUUCCCAAAGUGCCUACAAUCAAUAAGAAUGGCAUGGGAAAUGGGAAUGGAAACGGAGUGAUCAAGCCGCCUGACUCUCCACCACAGGCCCCUAUUGUGCCAUUUAAGCCUGAGGAUGCCAUGCCUCCAUUUGCUGGCUCACCAUCUGCCGUUCCUUCUGGCCCAGCUGCAGGAGGCCAGCCCAUGCCAGGUAGUCCAUCAAAUGGCUUUGUAGUCCCUGGUGGUGUUCCAACAGGUGUAUUUAUUCAUCCUGUAAAUGGUGCUGCUGUGGUUCCUCCCCAGAAAGAUGGAUCUCAAUAUCCAAUAUUUCCUCUGAUUCCUAUUGCUAGGCCUCCUUUGCAACCUCCCAGUGGUCGUGCUCCAUGUAAGCCUAACCAGCCUCGUAAACCACCAGCAAUGCCAGGUCAACCAGUAGUGAUUCAAAUACCUUCUGGAGGCUCUCAACCAAAACCCUCAGGCAGCGGCUCCCAGUUGAUGGCAAAUCAGCCCAUCAUGAUUCAGAUACCCGGUCAAGGCUCAGCAUCAAGGUCAUCUGUUUCAGGGUCUCAGUUAAAGGUAAGCCAGCCAAUAGUGAUUCACCAUACAAGUGGAUCUUCAGCACCAAAAAAAACCGUGAAUGCUCCUCAGCCCAGACCAGCUCAACCUGUGUUCAUUAACCUUCCAGGUAAUGGUCCAGCCAUGAGCCCUCCUGUGGGUGGAUCCCAGGCAAAGCCUAUUCAGCCAGUGGUUAUUCAGCUCCAAAAUGGGGGCUCGGCUCCAAGUCCUCCAGUGAUUGGUUCCCAACCAAAACAAGUUCAACCAGUGAUGAUUCAGCUCCCCACUGGUGGCUCAGCUCCAAGUCCUUCAGUUAUUUGCCCCCAGAAAAAAUCCACUCAGCCAAUAUUAAUUCAGCUCGCCAAUGGUGGCUCAUCAUCAAGUCCUUCAGUGAUUGGCUCCCAGACAAAAUCUGCUCAGCCAAUAGUAAUUCAGUACCCCAAUGGUGGCUCAGCUUCAAGUCCUUCAAUGAUUGGCUCCCAGACAAAGAACGUUCAGCCAGUGAUGAUUCAGUUGCCCAGUGGCAGUUCAGCCUCAAGGUCUGCAGUGAUUGGUUCCCAGACAAAGUCUGUUCAGCCAGUGGUGAUUCAGGUUCCUAAUGGAGGUGUGGCCUUAAAUCCAUCUCUUAUUGGACUUCAAGCGCAACCACUGAGAGCUGGAAACGUGCAGUUGCCUAGCAAGCUCACAGGGGCAGUUUCCUCCACACGGGGGUCCCAGGCAAGACUCAUUCAACCAAUGGUUAUUCAGGCCCCUAAGCGUGCCACUGCAAACGGAGGCCAAGCCAGUAGAUCAGCAGUAAUACCUGGUCAAGCAGCUGUGAUUCAGGUGCCAGGCUACAGAACUGGUAUAAAGACAAACUGGUCUCCCGCAAGGAUCAUUUCACCACAGGCAAUUCGGGAUCCAUCCGUCAGCCCUUUAAAAACGAAAUCUGAAGCAAAGUCACAUCGCCCUCUGGUGGUUCAAGCUAAGAGUCUACCAGCACUCAACCAGGCUCACUUCCUUAAAGCGCCAACAUACGGACAACGCAGAGACACAGUGCCAAUAAACAGCGCUCCCCAAGUCAAACUGGCAGCCGUGAAUCCGGACUCAUUUUUCCGCCGUCUGUAUCCAAUCAGGAAGAGGAUGAGACACAUCUAAGUCAUCUAAAGAGGGACCCCCGGACAAUGGUGACCUCCAUUACAACCCACUUUCAAAUUACAACCAGGUCACAAUUCAGAAAUAUUGCAGUGACACGUAGAAGAGCCUUCAACUCUCUCUUUAUUUGUCAUAAGUAACC